AUGACCGUAGUUGAAAUUAACCUCUCGAAGUUAGGGCUCCGGAAACGGCAGCCUCAACCAUUUCCUCUAAACAAUUCCGCCACCGCCACACUAUAAACCACAUGCGUAUAAUCCCUUCGGGAAGCAAUUGCACCACGACAUCAAUGAACGCAUCACAAAAUAUGAAAGUCAGAUUUUUGCUUCCCGAAAAUCGGGUAUUCCCACUGCAGAAUUAUUUGGGUUACUCGUACUCCUUGCGUAUUUUUCAGAAUGCAUUUUGUUAUAAGAUUUCGGACAACUCUCCUACUGCAAAUAAACAAGAGAAAGUAGAGCAGAUUCGAACCCUUUUAAGAAAUUAUGGAUUGAGCGAUGCCCAAAUGACCAAAAUUUCUAAAGUGCAUCCUAGGUUUUUUCAGAUCCAUCCACAGAAACUCCUGCCGAAACUCGAAUUCUUGAGCUCCAUCGGUGUUUCAGGUGAUCACUUUCAGAACAUUAUUGUGAAGAACCCUUUUUUAUUGCAAAGAAGCCUAGAGAAGCAGCUAAUUCCUAGUUACAAUUUUCUGAAAAAUAUACCUCUUGCCAACAAAGACAUUAUAGGGGUUAUGAGAAAUAGUGUUAGAUUACUUGGUACUAAUGUGGAAAAGAUGGCUUCUAAUGUAGAUGAAUUGAGACGAAUGGGCGUACCCCAGUCAUCGAUCUUAUUAGUGAUGCUUCACUAUCCUUCUUUAGUGCUAGUAAAUUGCAUGAAGUUGAAAGGGAGGAUAAACGAUGUGAUGAAUUUGGGAUUCAAUCCUUUGAGAACAACGUUCGUCCAAGCAGUUCAUGUGCUAUGCGGAAGUAACAAACAAGGAUGGGAGAACAAAGCGAAAGUUUAUAGGAAAUUUGGUUUGUCGGAUUCUGAGAUUCAAUCGGCGUUUAGAUCGCAUCCUUUGUGUAUGAGGUUGUCUGAAGAGAAAAUUGCUCGGGGAAUGGACUUCUUUGUAAACAAGAUGGGGUUGUCGCCUGCCAUUCUUGUGCAAUGGCCUGUUGCUCUGUUUUAUAACUUUGAGAAGAGAAUUGUCCCGAGGUGUGGAGUGGUUAAAGUUUUGGUAGAUAAAGGUUUGGUGAAGGAAUAUAAUUUGAUGUCUAUUUUGGUCAGAACAGAGAAGCAAUUUCUUGAUAAGUUUGUGCGCAAGCACGAGGAUGUUUUGCCUGAACUCAAGGACGAAUAUUAUGCAGGAUUGAUCUCAAAGCACAAUUGAUUGAGGCAAGCUUGUGGCUAAAAUCUUGAAAUUUUGAGAGAUCCUGUCGUUUUAGGAAGUAAUUAGGAUUUUUUUUUCUUGUGGAUUACUUGGUACAGAAAUGUAACUUCUCUUUCUUCGUACUUCUUUUCUGAGUAUUGUCUAAUUCAGCAAGACCAAGAGUAUAAUAAAGAGCCUGUUACCAAUAAGUUCAA